AUGCAAGCAGCUGGGACCCCCCUCUUCGGCAUGCUCGACGACGUCCCGUACGCCAUCGUGGAAAACAACCCAGCCCAGACGCCCGCGCACGCCCAGGUCCACACCCUCCUCCUCCAGGAGGCGAAUGUUACCCGUGAUCGCUGGGUUGGGUUCGCGAAACGCGUGCUCCAGGCGUUCUGGAGCCAGGACCCGCAGGACCACCGGCGCCGCGGGGCGCUGGUCAUCUACGAGGACCGCGUGCGGUUCUUCCGCGAGACCUGCUGGGGCACCCACGAGGCGGUCGAGUUCGUGUUCGAUAACGAGCUCGAGUGGUACUCGGGGAUUCCGUACACGCAUGUUAUGCGGGGGUUCUAUAUGGCUCUGGAUUAUUGA